GUGAGAAGCCAUAUUCUUGUCCUAAGUGCGGAAAAUGUUUUUCAAAGAAGUCCAGUCUUCAAAAACAUCAGAGAUUGCACACGGGGGAAAAACCAUACUCUUGUCAGGAGUGCGGGAAAUGUUUUUCAGGGAAGUCCGGUCUUCAAAAACAUGAGAGACUGCACACGGGUGAGAAGCCGUAUUCCUGUCCUGAAUGCGGGAAAUGUUUUGUUCAAAAAUCAGAUCUUGUCAUACAUAAGAGGUCUCACACGGGGGAAAAACCAUACUCUUGUCCGGUGUGCGGGAAAUGUUUUUCAGGGAAGUCCAAUCUUUACAGUCAUCAAAGAUUGCACACGGGGGAGAAACCGUAUUCCUGUCCCGAGUGCGGGAAAUGUUUUUCAGACAAGUCUACUUUUUACAGACACCAGAAAUUGCACAUGGGGGAGAAGUCACUUUCCUGUCCUGAGUGAGGGAAAUGUUCCUCACUGA